UUUCAGUACCACACUGUCUCACUUUUAUUCCGAUGAUAUCCAAUGCAAGCGGCAACACGACUCCAUACAUCGCUGAUAGCUCGAUAAACGACGUACACAAUACGAACUCCAGCACUCUUCUUCCCCCGAUAUCCCUACCCCCAGCUUCCAACCUCUACGCUGUCCACUGUGUGAGUCGCACGAGAACUCUUGCCAUGGACGGCGCCACCGACCAUGCUGCGACGGUCUCGCCUCCAGCCAACAUUUCCGAGUACGACUGGCUCGCUAUUAACACGUAUGAUAUGUGGAAUGAGAUGAAUAUAAUCGUCGGAAGUGUUCAAGAAUACUGUACCAAGCUCCUGUGUCCAACAAUGAACGCCGGGGACUUUGAGUAUGCCUGGGCCGAUGAUGAAGCCGGAGAAUUGAAGAAGGUAUCAGCUUUAGAAUACAUGUCUAACGUGUUGGACUGGUCGGAACGGAAAAUCACUGAUCGUCGUUUUAUGCCCAACGAACACGGUCAACCGUAUCCGGCCAACUUCAAGGCGGAGUUAGCAAUCGUUUAUAAGCGUUUCUUUCGGCUAUACGCUCACAUCUACUACUCGCAUUUCAAGCAGCUUGAAGAUGCCGGGGUGGAGCGACAUUUGAACCACUCUUUCAAGCACUUCGUAUACUUUGUACGCCGAUUCGAGCUCGUGGAUGAGUCGGAACUAGCACCACUUCAAAGUUUGAUAGACGCAUGGAAGAUACCCUCUCGAGAGGUUCUUAUCGAGAUGGCAUCCGAACCGUAGCACAUGCAGUGACAAGUAAAUUCACCUAGUACUACAAGAUAUAGUAUUACUAUUCGUAACGGCUUGUAAUCUUACCUUAUUUUCCGCUC